AUGACGGGAAUUUUGUUCUGGGGCUUCCGAUACGAGCUGCCGAUGCUGCUGCUUCUGCUGCCUGCGGCUGUAUUGCUUGCGACAGGGAGCGUAAGCGGCCAUGAAAUUGCAAAGGUGGAUUCUAAAGCUUCUCUAGACGUUUCUGACUACGGUAAUGGCAUUUUGCGGCUUAAAUUGAGGCCACAAACGGAAUGGUAUUACGAAGUCGAGAAUGUCGUGGUACGGGACCCGGAGAGUGGACGGCUUGACUCAAGCUGCACGGCAGCCAGCUGCACCGUUCGAAGCGGGCCGUGUGUCAUGACAACGAGCGUCGUAGAGGAUAUUUUCCAGGCGGCAUACCACUGUGGCGGUUCCCAUUUUACAUCCCUGAAUGUAUCGCUGGCCACUCUGGAUGCGCCGUCUGUGACGUUUGCUUUUCCCUCCGCCCGGCGCCUCUACGGUGUCCCCGAGCACGCGAUGGAUUUAGCGCUCCAUGAAAAUGUGACGUAUGACAUGUAUAACACGGACUCUUUUCAAUACAAAAUCGACAAUCCACAGUCGCUUUACGGUACAGUCCCUUUCCUUCUCGCUCAUUCUGCAACGGCCUCCACGGGUGUGCUUUUCCUCAACAGUGCUGGCAUGACACUGCAUGUGCGAUUCGGUGAGACAGUAGGGUGUACAUGGAACGCGGAGGCUGGUGUUGUCGACUUGUUUUUAUUUCCUGGACCGACGCCAGCAAAAGUACAGCAGCAACAUGCCUCCAUCACAGGUGCCACCAUGCUGCCGCCGUACUUCAGCCUGGGUUAUCAUCAGUGCCGUUGGAACUAUCGCAACACUAACGACUGUCUGAGUGUCGAUCAGGGCUUUGACCGGCACAACCUGCCGUACGAUACCCUGUGGCUCGAUAUUGAACAUACAGACGGCAAGAAGUACUUUACCUGGGACAAACAUAACUUCCCUGAACCUGCGGUGCUUGUCAAGGCUCUGGCAUCGAAGGGACGAAAACUCGUCACUAUCAAGGACCCACACGUCAAGCGUGAGGCUGGUUAUCAUGUGCAUGAGGAAGCGGUGAAAGGCAAUCAUUAUGUGAAGGGGUCAGACGGGAAAAGCGACUACGAGGGUAAAUGCUGGCCCGGGCUGAGCUCAUGGGUUGAUUUUUACAACAAGCGAACAAGAGACUGGUAUGCCUCACUCUUCCAUCAUGACCGCUAUGAGGGAAGUAGUCACGACGUACAUACAUGGGUAGACAUGAACGAACCAUCAGUGUUCGAGGUCCCUGACAAGACGAUGUCCCGCGACGCCAUGCACACUAGUGACAGUGGUAGGCUGGUUUCGAACAAGUACGUACAUAAUAUGUACUCAUUCUUCAGCGUGAUGACUGCUCACCAAGGACACAUUGAGAGUAGUAAGGGUCUUGAGCACGCCAUGCGGCCAUUUAUUCUAACGCGGAGUUUCUUCUCCGGUUCACAGCGUUAUGCAGCAAUGUGGACUGGCGACAACAUGGCACACUGGGAUCACUUCAAAAACUCUUUCCCAGAGUUGUUGUCUAUCUCAGUGUCAAACUACGCAUUCUGUGGUGCUGAUAUAGGCGGAUUUCUCUAUGAACCGGAUGAGGAACUCUUUGUACGAUGGAUGCAAGGUGGUGUAUUUUACCCAUUUAUGCGAGCGCACGCACACUUGGAGACUAAGCGGCGUGAGCCGUGGAUGUUCAGCGAAGCUGCAACGGAUCGUAUUCGCGUUGCGUUGGCGCUUCGCUACUCUCUCCUACCGUAUCUGUACACGCAGUUCUUCCUCAGCCACAAGACAGGAUCCACUGUUUUGCGCCCACUCUUCUACGAGUUCCCCCACGAUGAGACACUGUACGACGAACAAUACACGUUCAUGUUCGGGCCCUCGCUCCUCGUCUCGCCUGUGCUCGAGCGGGGCGCGAAGGAGAAAGUCGUUACGGUGCCUGCGGGGGCUGUGUGGUAUUCAUACACCACGGGUGAGGUGGUGCCGCCCGGCCCCCUGCACAUGGCGGUUGACAUGGACACCAUUCCGCUCUUUCUGCGCGGCGGUCACAUCAUACCGGCAAAGCUGCGUCUGCGGCGUGGCACGUACAGUGCCCAGCAUGAUCCCUUCACACUCUACAUCGCGUUAAACGAGCGUGGCAAUAGCGACGGGGAUCUUUUUAUUGACGACGGCGAGUCCUUCGCUUACGAAUCGGGGGCUUACAUUCAUCGCCGGUUCUCCUUCACAGAGAACCGUCUCACAUGUACGGCACAUCCUGAAGCCAUGCAAUCCUCCACAUUCUCCACUGUGCGAAACAGAGUGGAGCGUGUUAUCAUAUUUGGUUACCAAGGUCGACCCAAGCGCGUUAUUGUGGAAACAGCAGCGCAGUCGCUCCUUGUUGGACAAGAAAUUGAGUACGAAUUGCAAGGCGGGGCACUGGUUCUGCGCAAACCCGACUUGCCUGUUAUGGAUGAUUGGAGUAUCACAUUGGAGCAAUAA